AUGACAACAGCGCAGGGCGGACCUCCAACAUGCGAGGAAUACCAGCGGUCGCGAGCAAUGGAGAUCACCGGCUAUGUCGUGUUUUCGGCUUCUUCUUCUUUCUCCCUUAGCAAUGCCAUCACCGAAGUGAAACAGUCUCUGAAUUCGAAUCCAAGAAUAGAACGAGGCCCACUUCUGUAUGGGAGGGGAAAUCUGGAAGCCUGUGAACGGUUUUUGCGUUGCGGGGCUGAAGAUACGCUGACCAAGCCGAAGUUCUCGGAGAAAAUUAAAGAGGCCAUUGGUAAUGUCGGCAUUUUGUUUCCUCCGAGACCUCUUCGUCAAGGACCUGUUGUCGUUCUCUCCAGAGAAAGCCAUUGCUGGGGCUCCGGACUUGCGCAUCCAUCUCGUGAUGGCGUCUCUGUUUUUCGCGACCUUUCAAACGAUGGUAAUACUAGAGUGUCGUUCAAGCUCUACCCCUCUUCCCACGAUUUAUCCAAAGAGGAACUAGCAGCGCUAGGGACACAGCCGGUGGUGCGGAAACUGCUGCCAAAUAAUAUUCUCUUCGUGAAAGGUUCAGUCAGGAUGGAGAUAGAGAUGCCUGCAAGAGGCUCUUUCGUCUGGCAGGGGAACUGUGGUGAGCCGAUGGGCUCUGACAUGCUCGGCCCUGAGGUUUUUCCGUUCAUGAGGAUAUAG